AUGUGUCGCGCCAUGCAAGGCCCAAAAAAAACCCUCAAGGCUUUAAAAGUAGCGGCACUUUCUGCAGCCAAGUUAUCACGCCGAUUAUUUGUGGUCGACCGGGACUCAAAAAUACAUUUCCUCGUCGACACCGGGAGUGAUGUAAGCAUACUGCCCGCAAAAUUUAAAGUCAAUAUUUCGCGCCAACCAUCACCGUCUAUCGAGUUAGAAACGGCAAACGGUACACAGCUCAAAACUUAUGGCUACUUGACCCUAAAACUCAACAUAGGACGCAGAAGAAACUUUCAGUGGUUGUUAUUCUUAGUUGGUAACGUGACAGACGCCAUUAUCGGUGCGGACCUGUUAAACCAUUUUGGUUUACAAAUGGAUGUGCGAAACAAAAAACUAAUCGACCCGUUAACAACAUUGCAAGUGAACUGCAGUUUGAAAAACAGUGAAACUUCGGGCAUCUGGUUUCCGGAAGUUUUGAAACCCACUUCACCGCGCGAACCUCGCCAUAAUGUAGUGCACUAUAUUACGACAAAUUGUUCCCCAGUGCACACCAAACUGCAACACCUUGCCCAAGACAAGCUUCAAAUUGCUAAGAAGGAAUUUGAGCACAUGCUGGAGGCCAGAAUAUUCAACCGUCCUCAUCGGAAUGGUCCAGUCCUCUCCACAUGGUUCCGAAAUCUGACACGACUUGGACCAUGCGGAGACUACAGAGGACUGAACGCAGUGACUCUCCCUGACAGGUACCCAAUACCACAUACUCAUGACUUCAGUCACAACUUGCAGGGAAAAACCAUAUUCACCUCAUUGGAUCUUGUGAAAGCUUACUACCAAAUACCUAUACCAAAAACGGCAAUAACAACCCCAUUUGAGGUUUUUAAAUCAGAACAACUCCAUCACAUCAUCCAGGUCCUGCAAAGGCUUAAUGAAUAUAUAGAUUUCCUAGGGUUGCGAAUCUCAGCUCCUUUACCCUCAAAAGUGGAAGCGGUCAAAAAUUUCCCUAUUCCCAACAAGUCGAAACAACUUCAGAGAUUUUUAGGGAUGGUCAACUACUAUAAAAAGAUGCACUCGAAAGAACGCCAACAUACAGCUAAGUGA